AUGGAUGCACUCAAAUGCAGCUCCACUUUCCUCCACCACACCAAGCACCUCAACACUCUCUUCUCUAACUACACAUUCCCCACCCCCAAUUUCAACCGCCGAUCUCCUCAGCCACUCUCCCUCUCCGCCAAGGACAAAAGAAUCAUCAACACCGAACCCGAAAACGUCGCCGUAGUGGAAAAACCUCCUCCUACAUCUCAUCGAUUCCUCGUCUCCAACGGACUUCCUUCCCCUUUCGGCGCCACCGUUAGAGAUAACGGCGUUAAUUUCUCCGUCUACUCCUCAAACUCCGUCUCCGCCACCAUCUGCUUGAUCUCCCUCUCCGAUCUCCGUCAGAAUAAAGUGACGGAGGAGAUUCAGCUCGAUCCAUCGAGGAAUAGAACGGGGCACGUGUGGCACGUGUUCUUGAAAGGAGAUUUUAAAGAUAUUUUGUACGGUUACAGGUUCGAUGGGAAGUUUUCUCCUGAGGAAGGUCAUUACUAUGACUCAUCUAAUAUCUUAUUGGAUCCUUACGCGAAGGCAAUUGUUAGUAGGGAUGAGUUUGGAGUUUUGGGAGGUGAUGAUGAGAAUUGUUGGCCUCAGAUGGCGUGUAUGGUGCCUACUCUUGAUGAAGAGUUUGAUUGGGAGGGGGAUAUGCCUUUGAAGCUUUCACAGAAGGACCUUGUUAUAUAUGAAAUGCAUGUGCGAGGUUUCACAAGGCAUGAAUCUAGCAACGUUGAGUUCCCUGGGACGUACCAGGGUGUUGCAGAGAAGCUUGACCAUUUGCAGGAGCUUGGGAUAAAUUGCAUUGAGUUGAUGCCAUGUCACGAGUUUAAUGAGCUGGAGUAUUACAGCUACAAUCCGAUAUUGGGAGACCACAGGGUAAAUUUUUGGGGUUAUUCCACCAUUGGGUUUUUCUCGCCCAUGGUCAGAUACUCAUCGGCAAGCUCUCGCAACAUUGCUGGAAGAGCAAUUAAUGAGUUCAAAACUCUUGUUAAAGAAGCACAUAAACGAGGAAUUGAGGUUAUCAUGGAUGUCGUUUUGAACCAUACUGCCGAAGGCAAUGAAAAAGGACCUAUUUUCUCAUUUAGAGGAGUUGAUAACAGUGUCUAUUACAUGCUUGCUCCAAAGGGCGAGUUCUAUAACUAUUCAGGCUGUGGUAAUACAUUUAACUGCAAUCAUCCUGUAGUUCGUCAAUUCAUAGUGGAUUGCCUGAGAUAUUGGGUAACAGAAAUGCACGUUGACGGCUUCCGCUUUGAUCUUGGUUCAAUCAUGUCAAGGAGCAGCAGCCUUUGGGAUGCAGCCAAUGUUUAUGGGGCUGAUGUAGAAGGUGACUUGCUGACCACGGGUACCCCUGUUAGCUGCCCUCCUGUACUUGACAUGAUAAGUAAUGAUCCAGUACUUCGUGGUGUUAAGCUAAUAGCUGAAGCAUGGGAUGCGGGUGGCCUUUACCAAGUUGGCAUGUUUCCACACUGGGGUGUUUGGUCUGAGUGGAAUGGAAAGUUCCGGGAUGUUGUUAGAAACUUCAUAAAAGGCACCGAUGGCUUUUCCGGUGCUUUUGCUGAAUGUCUAUGUGGAAGCCCAAACUUGUACCAGGGAGGCAGGAAACCUUGGAAUAGCAUCAAUUUUGUAUGUGCGCAUGAUGGUUUUACGUUGGCAGAUUUAGUAACUUACAACAAUAAGAAUAACUUGGCAAAUGGAGAAGAGAAUAAUGAUGGAGAGAAUCACAAUUGCAGCUGGAACUGCGGAGAGGAGGGAGACUUUGUGAGUAUCUCGGUGAAGAGAUUAAGGAAACGACAAAUGCGAAAUUUCUUUGUUUCCCUCAUGGUUGCUCAGGGUGUCCCUAUGAUCUACAUGGGAGAUGAAUAUGGUCAUACGAAAGGAGGGAACAACAACACCUAUUGCCAUGACAACUAUUUGAACUAUUUUAGGUGGGAUAAAAAGGAAGAAGCACAUGAUGACUACUUCAGAUUCUGCCGUCUUCUGAUCAAGUUUCGUGAUGAAUGUGAAUCACUUGGCCUUGACGACUUUCCAACAGCAAAGCGUCUGCAGUGGCAUGGUAUUGCUCCUGAGACGCCAGAUUGGUCUGAAACAAGUCGAUUCGUUGCAUUUUCACUGGUGGAUUCAGUGAAGAGAGAAAUAUACGUGGCCUUCAACACGAGUCAUUUAGCCACACUUGUUACACUCCCUGAGCGGCCUGGUUAUCGAUGGGAGCCAUUUGUAGACACGAGCAAACCAAGCCCUUUCGACUGCAUAACACAUGAUCUCCCAGGGAGAGAAACGGCGAUGAAACAGUACAGACACUUCUUAGAUGCAAAUAUGUACCCAAUGCUCAGCUACUCUUCCAUCAUCCUCCUCCUUUCACCAAUCGACGACAGCUGAAGAGAUGAUCACAAAACUUAAAAGUGAAUCUUCUGAACAGGCUAGUGUCUCGCUUGUUAUAAAUUACAAAUGUAACUAUGUAAAACGAGAUGACACUUGCAUCUGCACAUACCCCAAUUAUCUAUAAAUAGUUGUAUUGUUAUUAUUGUUAUAAAGUCCAGUUUCUGGUUAGAAGAAUUAGAUACAAAUGAGUUUUUCCUUUUCUCAUAAAUUACAAAUGUAACUAUCUAAAAGGAGAUUGCAC